GGGUUCACGGUUCCACUACCCACUUCCCCUUCGUCUCGUGCCUCCUCGUAACCUGCUCAUCUUCGUAGGGUUUUCACGAUGCCUGUUUCUUCGGUUUGGGACAUAUUCGAAUCAAUUAAGUUGCUUCUUGUAUUAAUUGUGCCGUUUUUUGUGUUCUCUUCCUACAACUCGCACUGAGCAAAUAUUUCAUUUCUUACUUGAUUGUUGCUUAUUGAAUACGUUGGUUGUGGCCGCUGUGGAAUUUAAUCCGGGUAGCGUCCAAAAUGUUGAAUGCUUAUGGCGUUAUUUUGACACGUCUACAAAGUUCUUCUUGACGUUUAAUUUAAUUGUUAUAUAAACAUUUUACGAUGCGUUAUCAAUUUCUUUAUUUCUUUUUUCUUUUUGCUAAUUUGUAUCUUUCAUGAAGCUCCCCUUUUUCAUCAGUUGAAUGCUAUUGAUUUUAUGAAGGAAUCGAAUUCGAAGGUCUUCGAUCGAUCAUGUUUGUUGUUAAUAUCUCCCUUUUUCCCCCCUAAUCAGCACCAACUCUGCGUUUAUUUGGAAUUUCCUGUCGCUCGAUGGACGACGGUGAAGUGUUCUCGAGCCCCAUCGUGGGCGAACUUCCUAGCAGUUGCUCAAUGGAUAGUUUCUUCGAAGAACUUCUCAAGGAUACGCAUGCUUGCACUCACACCCACACUUGCAAUCCCCCCGGCCCCGAUUUUUCACAUACCCACACUUGUUAUCAUGUGCACACCAAAAUUGUCCCCGCCCCUGCUGAAGACAAGGCUGGGACUGAUGACACCGCAGAGUCAGUGGAAAAGAAAUCAAAAAAACGUCCUGUUGGUAAUCGUGAGGCAGUUCGUAAAUAUCGUGAGAAAAAGAAAGCCCGUGCUGCGUCACUGGAGGAUGAGGCUGUGAAGUUGAGGGCCUUGAAUCAGCAUUUGAUGAAGAAGUUGCAAGGCCAGGCUGCUUUAGAGGCUGAAAUUGCAAGGCUAAAGUGCUUGCUUGUGGAUAUUCGGGGGAGAAUUGAAGGGGAGAUUGGUUCAUUUCCAUAUCAGAAAUCAGCUAAUUCAAAUCCACCAAAUCCAAGCUUGUCUGGUUCUUAUGUGUUGAAUCCUUGUAACAUGCAGUGUAAUGAUUUGGCCUAUUGCCUCCGUCCUGGAGCAGAAGGAGAGACUACUGAAGGCCCGCAGCUAAAUGGGCAAGGGUUUAAUGGUUGUGAAUUUGAGAGUCUCCAGUGCCUAGCAAGCCAUAAUAUAGGGCUUAAGGAUAUUCCUGGUUGUGGAGCUGGACAGACAGUGCCUAAGGUCAAUUCUUCUACAGAAAAUAAAAGCAAAGGGGGAACCCGUGCCUGUGCCCCAAGAGCUGGUUGAAGAGCCAAUUUGAUGGUAGUUCUCACCGUCUUCACAGUACAUAACGUCUGCCAAUAACUCAUUUACAGUUGCAGCAUCAGCUGUCCAUCAGGUCAAUUUGUGGAUCUGAUCUUCAUUUUUUCGUUUGAAAAAUUCUUUCCUUUCUUUUUGGCCCCCAUCUGGGUUAUCGGCUUGGGAUGGCUGUUAUGAGAUGGAAGAUCUAGCUCUGCUGGGUAUGCCUAGAUUGAUGUAGUUCAGUUAAUCUCAUAUCCCACGUUGAUGGUUUGUUAGGCAGAAACAGCAGUGGAUCUGUAGCCAGCAGAGCUCAUGGCAGAGACGGACUUUGUGUUCUUUUAUGAAAUUAAGUUUCUUUUCAACUCUUAGCAUGUCUUUUGUGCCUGGAUCCCUUGGGUGGUCGUGAUUUGUGCUUAACGUUUCAUGAGGAUGUUUUGGUGACGUUGCACACUUUACGAACUCUGGCAGUCUGGCAAUUUCGAUAAGAUGGCGCUUGUUUCAUCUUUCCAUACUAUUUCCUCGGAACAGGAAGGACACAAACUUCUUUGUUUAAUCAGAAAUCUGAUUUUUAAGUGAAACAAGGAAGGUGGCUUGAUUUGUGUUAUGAAGAAACUGUUGUCCUCUAAUUGGUUUUUGCAUAUGGAAAUUUGCUGUCUGCUAAAAGGCAGGCACAUUAGUUUACUUUGUUUGAGAAUAAGGAGCCUGCUUCCGGAAUCCGUACUGGGCAGACUAACGAAGGAUUGAAUAUGGAAAGAGAGUACACAUCUGCCUGUUUCCUGGUUCGAACACUUGGAUUGAUGGGAAGAUGAAUGACCCUGUAAGCUAUUGGUGAAAGUUAUGUGAGCAUGAAAUGAAUGGCAAAUUUUGAAUUUUAUA